CUUCGAGAUUCAUACGUCAACAGCUGCCUGCCCGCUGUUCACAUAAGACCGCGCCUUCGCUCCCUACCAGACGUUAUUCCCUCGAACCAGCGAGCGAUCUGUAGCGAGCACUUCUAGAGCAAUCCUUCUGCACGUUAAAGCGCAUACCGAAUGCCUCGAUAGCACCAACUCUACAACCCCGAAACUUCUCCAAAAUGGAUGUCCAGCUCUACGUGUACGACCUCUCCCAGGGUCUUGCACGUUCCCUCUCCCAGCAAUUCCUCGGAACCCACAUCGACGCCGUAUACCACACCUCCAUCGUCCUCGACAACAUAGAAUACUACUUCGGCGCGGGAGUUCAGACAUGUCGCGCAGGCGCCACCCACCAUGGCAAGCCCAUGGAGGUCAUAACCCUCGGCCAAACCGCGCUCCCGCUUGAAAUCAUCCUGGAAUAUCUGGACAGUCUGAAGGGCGUGUACUCUGCUGAGAGUUACGACCUCUUCCUGCACAAUUGCAAUAAUUUCUCGAAUGAUUUUGCCAUGUUUUUGGUGGGAAAGGGCAUCCCGGAACAUAUUACGAGUCUGCCGCAGACGGUGCUGGAUACGCCGUUUGGGCAGAUGCUCAAGCCGCAGAUUGAUGCUAUGAUGAGGCCGAUUACGCAGGCGCCGACGCCGCAGAGGGUGCCGCCUGUUCCUUCGGCUGCGAUGAACGGAGUGCCGGCUAAGCCGGUGCCUCUGUCGGCGGAAGAGGCGGUACUGGCACAGGCUACUGGGAAGGUGAAUAAUGUCACCGCGCUCCGGGAUGUGGAUCGGCUCCUGGGCCUGGCAAAGGAUCGCUGCGCCAUUAUUUUCUUCACAAGCUCGACGUGCGCGCCGUGCAAGCUGGUAUAUCAACCCUUCGACGACUUAGCUGCUGAGGCGGGCAACAAAUGCGUCUUCCUAAAAAUCGACUUCAGCUACGCGGAGCGCUCGAUUGGCGUACGGUUCCCCCAUGUGCGCGCAACGCCGACAUUUAUUACUUUCCUGCGCGGCCAGCAGCGAGACGAGUGGAGCGGCGCGGAUGCACGGCUGCUGAGAACUAAUGUCGAGAUGCUAUUGAACGAGGCGUUUCCCGCGCACCCGCACCUCUCAAAGAGCGUGCCCACGCUGCUACGCCAGAGUCAGCGCCCAAUCACCUACACCAAAGUACCGCCGCUCGAAAAAGUCGUCGCCAAAAUGGGAGACGUGGGCAAAGACCCCGCAGUCUCCUCCAUCGUCUCCUUCAUCGACGCCCGCGAGCGUUUCGGCGCCAGGGAAGCGCCGCUCACCAAACUCCCCCAAUUCGCAGACUUCUUGCGCAGAAGCACGGCCACGCUGCCGCCGGAUCUGCUCUUCACGAGCUUCGAUCUGCUGCGCGUCACGCUCACAGACGUCCGCGUAGCGGGGUUCUUCGCCGAAGAACACGCUGGCGCGACGGGGACGCCGGCUACAGUCGCGCACUUGCUGAAGCAUGUGGAAGGGCUUGGGGAUAAAGCGCCGUAUGCGCUCAGGCUGACGACGCUGCAUCUAGCAUGCAAUCUCUUCACCUCGCCGCUAUUCAUCCCGCACUUGCUCUCCCCGCCGCUCUCCGCAUGCCUGAUAUCCAUUCUCACCAACGCGCUGCUGGACGAUAAACACAGCGCGCUCAAAGCCUCGGCUCUGUCCCUCGCUAUGAAUCUCGCGUCUGCAAACCACAAGGUCCGCAUGCGGAAGCAUAGCGCUAAUCCUUCGCCCGCUUCCUCCUCCUCCCAUCAGGAAGAGCUGGGUGAGGAAGAGCAGGUCGAGCUGCUGGCUAGCUUGCUGGAGAUCCUGGGCAUUGAGGAGCAGUGGGGCGAUGUUAAGAAGAUGACGCUUAUUUCUACGGGGUGGCUGGUGUAUUGUGCGGAUUUGGAGGGCGAGGCGUGCCAGCUGUGGAGGGGGAUGGAUGCCGCGGGCACGGUGGGGAAGAUUGAGGCGAGGAAGGUGGAGGAGAGGCUGCUUGUGAAGGAGGUGAUGAGUUUGCUCGAGGUGUAGGCGAGAGUGGGUUUGAGAAAUGGCGUUUCCUACGGAGGUGUGGGGUGAGUAGGGAUGUGACUGUGUGGCUAGAGAAGUGCCUGGAUGGCGGUUACUGCUUACCCCGGUUAUACUUUAGACUUGAUAGAUGGUAAAAGUAUAGUGCCUAUACUG